AUGGAUAUCCAACGCCAGUUUCCUAAUGUCCACUGGAUCUGGGGCGGAGGCAUCUCUUUUGUUUACGAGGUCCACCCUCGCAUCGUGGUCAAAGUCCCCAAGUCUGGGGAAUUCGCGAGGGAACAAUUCCAAAAAGAGCUCGAGAUAUAUCAAGUAUUCUCGCAAAAUCCGCCUUGUCCCUCUAUUGUGCAAUGUUUUCUCUUUUCUAGCAGUGGUAUUUUCCUCGAGUAUAUGAGAGUUAAGGGUCAUCUACUAAUUUACCUCCUAGAUAUAUCGCUUUCUUCUAGGAUACAAAAGAAUCAUACUCGGGACCAGCAAACUAUGGUGGUUACUACAGUAGAAAAGUUGGAACCUCUACUCCUACGAAAAGAAUGGAUGAACGAUCUCGCUCAAGCCGUCGCUUUCUUAGAAUCUAUCAAACUCGCUCAUGGUGAUUUACGACCUGAAAAUAUUCUACUUGAUCGCAACAGACUAAAGCUAUCCGAUUUCGAUUGUACGGCGAAAAUUGGCACAAAUUACGAAGCUUGUAUGGCUCCGUAUGGCCGAAUACUUAACAAUAAUGAGUCAGACCAAGGGGAAUGUGGAACUUUUGGUUUUCUUGGCCCUCGAACAGAACAGUUUGCGCUCGGUUCCUUAUACUAUUAG